AUGUGUGUGCAGCAGCAGUUGGCAGCGGUGGUCCAGGAGCUCGGAGUUCACAUCCCCUCCUGCGUGAGUCCAGUUAUGGUCCGAUCUCACCACAGGGACUGUUUGAUCCGCCUCGGACUGAAGGAUGUUAUCCUGUCUGCUUCCCGUUGUUUCCAGCCUGCAGAUCCGAACUCUCCGGUGUCGCUGGUUCAGGGGAAGAUGGCCACAUUUGAGCCGUCUCAGAAACAGAGCACCAAUGGCGUCGUCCCCUGGUCACCUCCACAGGUCAACUGGAACCCAUGGACCAGCAGCAACAUUGAUGAGGGACCGCUGGCUUACUGCACGCCAGAGCAGAUCAGCCAGGAUCUUCAUGGUGAGCUGAUGUACCAGUUGGACCACGAUGAGGACCUGCAGAAGAUCCUGUCGGAGCGGGAUCAGCUUCCUGUCAAACACUUUGAGGAGGAGAUCAUGGCGACCAUCGAUAAGAACCCGGUGGUGAUCAUCAGAGGAGCGACAGGCUGCGGUAAAACCACGCAGGUCCUUCAGUACAUCCUGGACCGCUUCGUCGACUGCAACAUCGUGGUCACACAGCCCAGACGGAUCAGCACCGUCUCUGUUGCUGAACGAGUCGCCUACGAGAGAGGAGAGGAUCUUGGGAAAAGCUGCGGCUACAGCGUCCGGUUUGAGUCCGUUCUGCCCCGACCGCACGCCAGCGUCCUCUUCUGCACCGUUGGUGUUCUUCUUCGGAAGCUGGAAGCUGGGAUCCGAGGAAUCAGUCACGUCAUCGUUGAUGAGAUCCACGAGAGAGACAUCAACACGGACUUCCUCCUGGUGGUCCUCAGGGAUGUGGUCCAAGCCUUCCCGGAUGUCCGCAUCAUCCUGAUGUCGGCCACCAUCGACACCACCAUGUUCAAGGAAUACUUCUUCAACUGCCCCAUCAUCGAGGUGUUUGGAUGCACUUUCCCUGUUCAAGAGUACUUCCUGGAAGCUUGCAUCCAGAUGACCAACUUUGUCCCACCACCGAUGGACCGAAAGAAGAAGGACAAGGAUGAGGAUGGAGGAGAAGAUGAUACCAACUGUAACCUGAUCUGUGGUCCUGACUACACGCCGGAGACGAAGCGCUCCAUGGCUCAGAUCAACGAGAAGGAGACGUCCUUCGAGCUGGUGGAGGCUCUGCUGAAGUACAUCGAGACCCUGAAGGUGUCCGGUGCUGUGCUGGUCUUCCUGCCUGGCUGGAACCUCAUCUACUCCAUGCAGAGGCACCUGGAGACCAACCCUCACUUCGGAAGUAGCCGGUACCGCAUCCUGCCGCUGCAUUCCCAGAUCCCCAGAGAGGAGCAGAGGAGGGUGUUCGAUUCGGUUCCUGACGGCGUCAUCAAGAUCAUCCUGUCCACCAACAUCGCUGAGACCAGCAUCACCAUCAACGACGUCGUCUACGUCAUCGACUCCUGCAAGCAGAAGGUGAAGCUCUUCACGUCCCACAACAACAUGACCAACUACGCCACCGUCUGGGCCUCCAAGACCAACCUGGAGCAGAGGAAAGGCCGAGCCGGCAGAGUCCGAGCCGGAUUCUGCUUCCACCUGUGCAGCCGCGCUCGGUUCGACAGGCUGGAGACCCACAUGACCCCAGAGAUCUUCAGGACGCCUCUGCACGAGGUCGCUCUGAGCAUCAAGCUGCUGAGGCUCGGAGGCAUCGGAAACUUCCUGUCCAAGGCCAUCGAGCCGCCGCCGCUGGACGCCGUCAUCGAGGCGGAAUACACGCUGAGAGACCUGGACGCCCUGGACUCGAACGACGAGCUGACUCCUUUGGGUCGGAUUCUGGCCCGGCUGCCGAUCGAGCCUCGGCUGGGGAAGAUGAUGAUCAUGGGCUGCAUCUUCCAUGUUGGAGACGCCAUGUGCACCAUCUCAGCCGCUUCCUGUUUCCCGGAGCCUUUCAUCAACGACGGGAAGCGUCUCGGAUUCGUCCACAGGAACUUCGCCGGGACUCGCUUCUCGGAUCACGUUGCGCUGCUGUCGGUCUUCCAGGCCUGGGAUGAAAUCAGGAUUAAUGGCGAGGAGGCUGAAAACCGUUUCUGUGAACACAAACAUCUCAACAUGUCCACGCUGAGGAUGACCCGGGAGGCCAAAGUCCAGCUGAAGGACAUCCUGGUGAACUCUGGGUUUCCUGAAGAGUGUCUGAUGAUGCAGAUGUUCAACACAGUGGGGCCCGACAACAACCUGGACGUGGUGGUAUCUCUGCUGACCUACGGCUCCUACCCCAACGUCUGCUACCACAAAGAGAAAAGGAAGAUCCUGACCACCGAGGGGCGCAACGCCCUCAUCCACAAGUCCUCCGUCAACUGCCCCUUCAGCAGCCACGACAUCAAAUACCCCUCGCCGUUCUUCGUCUUUGGAGAGAAGAUCCGGACCCGAGCGAUCUCGGCUAAAGGGAUGACUCUGGUGAGUCCUCUGCAGCUGCUGCUGUUCGCCUGCAAGAAGAUCAGCUCCAACGGAGAAAUCAUGGAGCUCGACGACUGGAUCAAGCUGAAGAUUCCUCACGAGGUGGCGGGCGGAAUCGCCAUCCUGCGAGCCGGACUGGAGGCUCUGGUGGUGGAGGUGACCAAAGAUCCCGAAUACAUCAACCAGAUGGACCAAAGCAACGAGAGGCUGCAUGAAGAAGGCACAAUCAUACUUCCCUUCACUUAUCAGUGGUCCUAACAGUAUGCCUGGUUGAUUUAAUAAUCUGGGCAACAGAUGUGCAACACAUAACAGUCAGUCUUUUGAUUAAUAAGUUGUGGUUUAUUCAGUUAUAACAUGUUAACUUUCUAUAUGACCUGUGUACAGUUAGCCUGUAAUUAGCUAAAGAGGACAUUAAAGUCUAUAUUUGACACUGUGAAUCGUAACAAACAAUGCAUAUUAGAUUGUGAAUACUUCCUUUUUUCCACUUGAACAUAUGCUGUUUUUUGUUGGCUCAGACUUUCAUUUAGAGAGAUUCUGUAAUUUCGAUCUUGAAAUUUUUAUUUCUUCCAUGCUUAAAGUAUAUUUGUUUAUAAAUUCUAGGACAUUUCA